AUGGCCCUAGGAAAUGAUUCCACAGCAACCACGUUUGUCUUAAUGGGUUUAACACAGCAGCCCAAGCUCCAGCUGCCCCUUUUCCUCCUGUUCCUGGGAAUCUAUGCAGUGACUGUGGUGGAAAACCUGGGCUUGAUCCUCCUGAUUGCAGUCAGCCCUCUGCUUCAUACCCCCAUGUACUAUUUCCUCAGUAGCUUGUCCUUCAUCCAUCUCUGUUCUUCUACUGUUAUUACCCCCAAAAUGCUAAUGAACUUCCUAGGGAAGAAAAAUACCAUUAUUUAUUCUGAGUGCAUGGCACAGCUCUUUUUCUUUGCAUUCUUUGUGGUUGCUGAGAGUCACCUCCUGACAGCAAUGGCAUAUGAUUGCUAUGUUGCCAUCUGUAGCCUGUUGCUUUAUCAUGUGAUCAUGUCCUCUCAGGGCUGCUCACUCUUAGUAAUUGUUCCCUUCAUCCUUGGCUUUCUCUCUGCCUUGGCACAUACAUGUGCCAUGAUGAAACUGUCCUUCUGCAAAUCCCACAUCAUCAUCCAUUACUUCUGUGACGUCCUCCCUCUCCUCAAUCUCUUCUGCUACAGCACACAUCUCAAUGAGAUUCUACUUUUUAUUAUUGCAGGGUUUAACACCUUAACCCCCACACUCGCUGUCUUCAUCUCUUAUGCCUUCAUCUUUCGCAGCAUCCUUGGCAUCCGAUCCUCAGAGGGCCGGUCCAAAGCUUUUGGAACUUGCAGCUCCCAUCUCAUGGCUGUGGGAAUCUACUUUAGGUCUAUCACCUUCAUGUAUAUCAAGCCCCCUUCAAGUAACUCCCUAGAACAGGAGAAGGUGUUUUCAGUGUUUUACACCAUGGUAGUCCCCAUGCUGAACCCUUUAAUAUAUAGUCUGAGGAACAAGGAUGUGAAGAACGCAUUGAGGAAGGUUUUUGUGGGGAGGUGA